AACAAAAAUUAUUUUACAGAUCCACAAUCAUUUUACUGGGUGAUAAUGACGCUUUCUAUAUUUAAUGUGUUAUAUUUGAACACAAACAACAAAAAUGAAUACAUCAAAAAUCAAUAUAUAUAAUAUAUUUGGAAUUUCUCUAUGGUUUAUAAUGGCAAUAAUUAUUAAUUACACAGUGAUAACUAAAUCGUCUGACAUAGAAAAAAAUAUAAACGAAACUGAAGUAUUUUAUUAUGAAAUUCAACCGGAACUUUUUAAUUGGACAAAUGGAAUUGAUGGUAAUAUGUUUAAUUACACACCUUCAUUACAAAAUUAUCCAGAUUUACCAUAUUGGAUACAUUAUAAAUUUAAUGAAAAAAAUAAAUUCGGAUAUAUUUAUGGUACUCCACCUAUUUCAUCUGAAAAUCAAAUCAAGGUAAUUACAAGAAUCUAA